AUGCAGCAUAAUCGAAAACCUCAUCAUCAUCAUCGAAAACAUUCUUUGGGUUACACAACGAAUAAAGAAAAGCACAUUAAGAAUUCCAUUUCGGUAUCAUAUUUUCUGAAAUUGCCUUUUAAUUGCCUCAAGACUAUCUCAGAUGAGGGAAAACACGCAAGAAAUGACCAUUCAACUGAAUACAAACAUAUCUCCAUGCACAUAAGUAUUCUGUUGAUGAUCUGGAAAAGGUCAAGUAGCAACCACAUAAUUUCUUUCGUGGGAGUUGAAAAAGCAUUCAAGAGAAGAAAGUUUUUAGGCUUACGAGUUGUGCUAGGCAUGGCCUUACUUCGUCUUAUGAAAAUAAGAGAAAAAAAACAACAACUUUUCACAUCUUUUUCCCUUCCAUCGCACACGACAAAGCAGGAACAAAAAGAAAAGAUUAAGCGUAAGUAA